AUGGAAACUACUUCAAAUCUUUGUUAUGAAGAUCUAAUCAAACAAGAAGACAGAAUCCUAAAGAGAAGAAGUUGUAACCGAAAUAUAAACAGACGGUUGGUUGGCUUCCGUAGGAUUUUCGGUAAUACGUACAAGAGAUGUUUUGUUGAGAAAAACAAGCUCUGCUUGGUUCUUGACUUGGAUCAUACCUUACUCCAUUCCGUAAAUGUUUGUGACGUAUCAAAGGAUGGUCAAGAUUAUCUCAACAAGAAAGCAGUUGUUGUUUCGUCCAACAACGAUAUCAAAGGUCUUGGUAGCAGUGGCGAUAAUUUGUAUAAUUACAGGGGAAUAUACACAAAGUUGAGGCCUCACACGAGAGAAUUUCUGGAACAACUCAGUGAUAAGUUCGAACUAUUCGUGUACACCUUAGGCACAAGGGAUUAUGCACAAAAUAUGGGUAGAUUGCUUGAUCCAGAAGGUGUAUUAUUUAAUUCGAUGGUAUCAAGGGAUGACUCCACUUUUGAAGACAGAAAAAAUCUGGAUAUAUUGGCCGGACCUGACGAGAAGAACACGAUAAUAAUCGAUGAUAACAAGUAUGUCUGGAAAGAGCACAAAAAUAAUCUGAUAGAGAUUGAUGAGUAUAAAUUCUUUACUAAAGAAAACGGAGGUCACAUAUUAAACAAGGGUGAAAAAGAUGCUGGUUUUGAUGAUAAAGAUGAAUCCCUAAAACCAUUCUCCGAACUUCUUCAACGUGUUCACAAGAAGUUCUUUGAGUUGUUCCCCGUUCCGAAGACUGAUGUUGAGCUUCAAGAAUAUAUCAAGUCUGUAGAUGUAAGACCAAUAUUAAAGACGUGUCGGAAGAACAAGUCAGGUAGAAAAGGGGAAGAGUCAAACCAAGUGCUACCGAAUAGAAUUGGAGGUGCAGAUUUAAGUGAAGUUCCCCGAGAUAACAGAGUGGAAGACUUACGAAAAGAAGAAAACAGAGUCCAGGAUGCUGACAAGACAUGUGAUCAAGAGCGUUCAAAAGAAUCCGAACUUGAAACUGACAGUGAGAAUAAGAUCUCUUCAGAUGAAGGCAUCGCAACUGGGAAAGUAAAAUCUCUCGAAACUAUUCUUAGUAGGUUUUCCGUGAGUUGUGUUCAAAUUAUGGAUAAACUUUUGAAGGCCACUUCUUUCCUAGAGGUUUCCAAUGGAGGUACCGCAGUUGACAUGAGAGCGUUUGCAGUGGCUUACAGACAUAGCUGA